GCGCAGUCUAGUUAAUAUACGUCUAUGGAGUUAACAACUACGAGAAGGAAGAAAGGGAAUAUAACCUUUCCAUGAUAAAACAUAAAUACUUCUAGGAAGUAAAGACAAAAAAUAAAAAAAUUUAGAAAAUAAAUAAAUACAAAUAAAUAAGUAACAUGCGACCACGCAAAUUUAAAUUGCCAUGCAAUGUGGAUAGUUUUACACACGCUGAUAAGAAAAUAGUGGUUGUCUCAGUAUUUGGCAAGUCACAAUAUCGAGCAAAAGGAUGUAAGAUGGAUAUGCUCGGUCCUGUAUUUCAGGUAAAUCUCCUGGAUGAGCCAGAAAUUGAUGAAAAUUCUGUGUGUGAAAUUGAAGGAUAUUAUAAUACUAAAAAGAAGACAGUUUAUCUACACUUAAGAGGAUUCUUAGACACCCAUACACUUUUAGCUGAAUAUGAUAAAUUCAUAGAAAAACAGGAUUGUAAAGACUUCCUCAGUAUAUGGGCACAUGUGAGAGACAGAUAUGCCAGAGCCCUUUUGGUGCUUUUUCAUAUAUCUCAUGUGAUUGUGCUUACUCAUCCUACACAUACUUUUGACUAUAGCUAUGUGCAUUUAUUUCGUGCUAUAGAUAUAAUCAGACAAAAAAUAUCCCCUCAACUCUCUGACAUGUUAAGCUGUAUUCAUAAUCUACCAAAGGAUUGGAUCUCAAAUGGCAGGCCUUGUUCACCACGAGUGCUAUUUUAUUUUGAAAGCUGUCCUGCAGUAUUUCAGAACUCAGACAGUGAUGUUAACAUUAAAAAGUUGGAACACUCCCUUGAGGAUCAGAUUUAUCAUGUGUUAAGGAAAAAUAGAAUCGUUACUAAUAUUAGCUCAAAUUCUUUGUUUGCAAUACCAGCUAAUCAGGAAUUUGUCUACGUGCAUACCGAGAGCACAGAAUCGAAUGAUAUGUUGGGUUAUAUGGCAAGCAAGUUGAUACAAAGCUGCAAAGUUGGUCCUGGUGGUUUGACAUCGAGAAGUCUUGUUAGUCUGGACUCAAACAUUGUAGCAGAUGAUACCGAAGAAGAGUCUCACUCAUUCAGAUUAUUUUUGCAACAACAUAUCAAUUUGGCCUUUGCGAGAGGAUUUGACGAUAACGUCGGUCGACAUUCAGUACCUGCUUAUUUCGAAAUACCCAGUCUCAAUGUGUUUUGUCAAGUGGCGAACAAAGUCUUUGACUACUUUGUUCAUAGUACUGACAAAGAACUAUUGGCGCUUCACAACUUAUUAGACACUGACGUGAAGUUUAGCAAGAGUAGAUGCAGCAAGGUACUUCCAAGAGCUCUGCAAACGUAUCAGGAGAAUUUACCGCAGCACUACACGAGAGCGUACCAUGAGUCAAAGUUGGCACACGCAAUGGGUGUUUUCGAGAUGCAUGCCCGUGGCCCGUUGUUCGAAGAGUUCAGCGAGAAACUGCAUGUUGAAUGCGACAAGCAUUGGCGUGCCGGCCGACAGAUGUGCGAAGUUCUUUCACUUACUGGUCACCCUUGCACAAACCCCAUUCACAAAGGAGGCAGCGAAGGUGCGGGAGGUGGAGAACAGGCGGAGCCUAGAGAGGACGACAGCGAAUUGCCUGUUCGAGAACAUUGCAGCGGUGUCAGAUACGUGUGUGCCUGUAAUUGCGGCCGAUAUCAGAGCUCGAGAGAGGAUCCCUUUGGCCUGAGACAGGCCAACUACGAUUAUUUCCAGCUGCUGGCGAAACAGUGCGGUUGUGCGCAGUUGGAGAGCAUACAGUUCCCUGUGUUUCAGCCCAGUACACACAAUUUCAGAGCGGCACAAUUAUUCUCAUCGACGAAACGCCACGAUUCCUUCAGCCGCACCGGGUCUUCCACGCCCCAGGAACACACGCAAGCUUGUAGCUUAGGAGGCGACAGUUUAAACGGUGAGAUUACGGAUUAUGGCAGCGGCGGCCAAUCACCAGUAACAAGCGACCCGAUCGAAGAAGAUAUUUCUAGAUUAAGCAGUAAGACGAGCCUCACACCUAGCGAUGCACACAAAGUCGUCAUAGAAGUAACCGAUAGCGACGCCGAGAAUUCGAAAGAAAAGUCAUUGGUCAGGCAACCAUCGACGACGGAAUAUCUACCUGGAAUGUUGCAUACCGAAUCACCGGCCGGCUUGUUACCGCAGUUUUCCAGCUGGUCGCUAAUAUGCCUCGGACCUAGCAGCCUUUACUCUCACAACUUAGGACUGCAGCAUCAGACCGGCGUAUUGCCCACAUCUGCGUUUCUGUUACCAUGGGACGUGACAGUAAGAUUGGAGCAUCAGAAGGAACGCAGUUCGUUAUGGCCUACAAUAAAUGACCAUAGUGCUCAUGGCGGAUAUUGUCCGCGAGGUAAAAACUUUCAGAAUGCGAAUCCUAUUCGUGGUCGCAAGUCGAAAGGUGGCAAGGAGUUCGUCGUUAAGAUAUUUGUUGGUGUGGAGUAUGAGUGUCCGCGCGGCCACAGAUUCAUGGCAUCAGCUCCUGAUAAAGUGUUGAAGGCGUCUGGAAACGGGAUCGUGAAGGACAGCGGCAAUAAAGUGACGUCCAGCACGGCGGAUAUGCCGCUUUAUUUCUCUUGCCCAUGCAGCUUGGAAUUGCUGUCUUCAAAAAACUGUUCUUCUUAUGAAUAUCGGAACUUGUCGGAUACCAAACGCGUAACUGGCGAAAUCCGCUUCGGAAGAAAAAUGGAUGGUGGCUUCGAGUUGAUAAACUCGUCGAUACUUUUGUCGGCCUUCUCGGAAAAUUUGAAGUGGGAAUCAACCAGAUGAUGUUGCAGGGAUCGAUGGUAAUCCGAAAGGUCGAAAAACACCACAUGAAAGAAUUUCCUAGCCCAUGUCGAAGAUGAUCUCCAAGAUUGUUUUCGCCUUGUGCGAUCGCGCAUUGUCGUGUAGCAAAAUCAUCUUUCUCCUUCCAGUGCUGAUAAAAGGUCUUUUUUCCUCAACUACAUCACUGUCAAUCUAAUCAUUUACUGCCGGUAACGCUCAGAGUUUCAUCAGGCUUGAGCAACUCAUAGUAAAUAACGUCUUUCUGGUCCUACUAAAUACACAGUAACGUUUUUUUUGCGUAAAUAUUUGAUUUUGCAGGGCUGGUCGAUAUCUCACCCGGAUAAUCCCACGAUUUUCUCCUUUUAGGAUUGUUAUAGACCCAUUUUUUAUCAUCAGUUACUAUUUUGUGCAUAAAGUCUUUCUUCUUGAAUUUUAAUAGCAGGGAUAUAGCUGUGUCGAGGCGUCUCUCUUUGUUUUCAGGACUGAGCACGUGCGGAAUCCAACACUGAAUUCUACCAAAUUUAUAUAGACGUUUCAAAAUAGUUUGUUGUGAAUCACUGCAAGUGCAUUUACAAGCUGUGAUUGAGUUUGACACGGAUUUUCUUCCAAAAGCUGUUCCAAUUCUUCGUCUUCAAUUUUCUUCGGUUGUUUAGGGCGUUCUUCGUCCUGAAGAUUGAAAUUGCCAUCCCAAAACUUUUGAAACUACAUUUUACAUGUACUAUAAGACAUAGUAUUUUCACAUAAGGACGAGCAAAUUAUUUCAUUAGUCUCGGCGGCAUUUUUCUUCAGUUGGAAUUCAAAAAGGAGGCAGUGCCUAGAUGUUGCUUUUCAAACGACAUCGCUUUCAUUACUGUUGAGUUUACAUUAGUAGAACCGCCAAAUACUAUAUCUCGUUUUAAAGCUGAAAAGUGGUGCUGUAAAACGACAAUUCGGUAGGAAAAAAAGUUAAGUUUAAAUAGGUGCUGCAGCUGAUUAAAUGUAGGGGCCAAGAAUUAAGGCUCUUGGGUGGAUGCAAAUAUUCUUGUUUGAUGACGUCAGAAGCGAGAAAACGCAUGUCAAGAAUUCUUGCGUUUUACGUUUAAAUAAAAAGAUAUAUUCACAAAAUGACAUUUGCAAUCGAUUCAGUACACUUGUAAACAUAGAGAUAUAAGAAUAGAGGGAAC